UACGUUUUUGUUUACUGAAAGCACGUUCAGCACAUUGUCCCCGACAGCUCAAAGUUUUUCAGAGAAAUGGAUGAAGUACUGAAGGAUGAACGUUUUAACCACAUUCUCACUGAUCCACGGUUUAGAAAAAUACCUAGAAAUGUCAGCAAAAUUAAAAUUGACAAAAGGUUUAAAAAUAUGUUUAAAGAUGGAAAAUUCAAAGGAAAAAGUAGUGUAGAUAAAAGAGGCCGUCAAUUGAAUUUAACUUCAUCCGAAAACCUUAAGAAAUUAUACAAUAUCACAUCAGAAUCAUCUAGUGAAGAUGAAGAAUCAAGCUCCAGUAAAUCUAAGGAUCAAAUAAAAAAUAAGAAAAGCAGUAGCAUUUCAGAAAGCAAUGCUGAGCAAGGUAAAAAAGUGUCAAAAUUACAUAAUGUUUCUACAAAUUUGGAAUCUCAAAAACUCAGCUCAUCUGAUGAUGACAAUGCUACUGAAACAAAAUCAAAGAAACAAGUAAAAAAGAAUGAAGACAAAAACAUAAAAAAUUCUUCAGUGUUUGUUGAUAAACAAAAGGUAUUAAUUACAAAAAUCGAUGAAUCUAGCAAUGAAAAGUUAUUUGUAUCAAAAUCUUGUGUUAAAAAUAUAUCUAAAUCAAAGGAAAGGAAGGAGAAAGAUGACACAUUGAAAAAGUCUAAUCAUAAAAGUAUAAAAUCGCUAAACCAACCGGAUCGAACUAAUGGAGAUGAGAGAUUUCAACUGGGUGAUAAUUUUAAUGUGAACGAUAGUCACAUUCAAAGUAGCUGCUCAUCAUUGAAGAAGAAAAAUCAUUCAUCCUUAAAGCUCCUGAAAAACAUUGAAGAUGAUGAUAUCUAUUCAAAGAAACUACAAAAUGUUGGUCAUAGAAUUUCCAAUUCCUCUGAUGAAGAUGAUUGUUCUGAUAGCAACAAUGGUGCAAAUGAAAGUUCUGAAGAUAGUUCUGAUACUGAUUCUGAAAGCGAUGAUGCUAAUGAAAAUGAAGACUUUGAUCACCAUUGGGAAGAACUGAAUGAAGAUGCUCCUGAUGCUGAUCAAAUUACCAAAAGAUUAGCCGUGUGUAACAUGGAUUGGGAUAGAAUAAGAGCUGUGGAUCUCAUGUCAGUCUUCAACUCUUUUAAACCUUCAGAUGGCUGCAUUUAUUCUGUGAAGAUAUAUCCCUCUGAUUACGGAUUGAAGCGCAUGGAGGAAGAAAGACUUCAUGGGCCUCCUGAACUAGUUGAAAAAGUUCUUGGACCUGAUGAAGAAGAGAAGGAAGAUAAAAAAGGUCAACGAUACAACAGAGAGAAGUUGAGACAGUAUCAAAUUAAUCGACUGAAAUAUUAUUACGCUGUUGUUGAGACUGAUUCACCUGAAACUGCUAAUUCUUUAUAUGAGCAGUUAAAUGGAAUGGAAUAUGAAAGUUGUUCUGUUCGUUUUGAUCUCCGUUUUAUACCAGAUGAUGUAACGUUUGAUCAGGAACCAAUCAGUGCAGAAGAUAAAGUUCCGGAUCCAACAGAGUAUAAACCAAGACUUUUUGUUACAACUGCACUUCAGCAGGUAAAAGUGAAUCUUACAUGGGAUGAAACUGAUCCAAAACGAAGGGAAACUCUCCAGAAAGCAUUUACAGAACCUGACAGUAUAGAAAGAGAUAUCAAAGAUUAUCUAGCAUCAUCUUCUGGAGAAAGUGAAGAUGAAACUGAAAAAUUUGAAAAUAAUGAAAAAUUGAGUACAGAUGACAGGAUUGCCAAAUACAAGGCAUUGUUACAAUCAUUAGAAGAAAAAGAGAAAAACGAAGAAGAAAAAUAUGAGAUGGAAAUAACUUGGGAUCCAGGUUUAAAAGAAAAAACAGAAGAAAUUGUAAAGGAAAAGUUGGACAAAGACAAUCUUAAUCCAUUUGAAGAAAUGUUAAAGAAGAAAAAAGAGAAAAUAAAAUUACGAAAGAAAGGGAAAAAGAUAGAGGAUGAGGGUUCAGAUGAAAGUUCAGGUGAAGAGAGCUUAUCACUUUCAGGGGAAAAGAAUAUGAAAAAUGAUUUUGAAGAUAAAAAAGCUUUGGCUGAAUUAGCUUUGAUGUCUGAUGCAAAAAAGAUUGAUCUAGCCAGCAACAAAAAGAAGAAACGAAACAAGAAUAAAAUUAAGACAGAAAAUUUGGAUGAUUUCCAGUGCAAUGUAAAUGAUCCUCGGUUCUCUGCAAUAUAUUCUUCGCACUUGUAUAAUAUUGAUCCCUCUGAUCCUCAUUUCAAGUCAACUCCUGGAAAUAUGGCUUUGUUACAAGAAAAACAAAAGAAAUUCAAGAAUGCUGGAACAGACUUUGAAAUGAAAAAUGCAAAAAGGGCUAAGCACAAAAUAUAGCCAACAAUGUAAAAUCUGUAAAUACUUUUUUACUAUGCAAUUAGCUACACAAAACUACGUUAAAGACAUCAAAAAUAUUUUAUGUUCAUUAAUAUUUACAAUCAUGGUACUUUAUGGCUUCUUGCAAAUUAUUUGUGGGAAAAAUUGUUGUCUUUUUGGUAGAGAAAUAAACAGAUAUUACAUCAGGGUUCAUACACUUGUGGUUAAAAAAAAUUCCCUGACUUUUCCAGGUUGUUUUUUAGAAAAUUCCAGGUUACUCGCUUAAUUCAAAAUUAAGUUUAAAUAGCAAUAUUUUCAAAAUAAUUAAAAUUGUUUAAAGUAGCAAUGCGGAAGAACUGAAACUUUUCUCCUUAGAUUAAAAAAAAAAAUCUUGGAUUUGUUUUCUUUCCCAAAUUUUAAGUUUUUUUAAACACUUUGUUCAAAUUUGUUUUAAUUGGUUUACUAAUUGUUAAAAAAAAAGUGCUUUCAAUUUAUUUUAGCGUUUUUUCGAUGUCAUGUGUCAUGCGUAAUAUUACCCUUUUGCUGUAGUUGUGCAGCAAUCUUUUAGCAUCUGCUUUUGGUGUUUUGAUUCACAAUACUUAUUUUUAUUUUCUUAUUAGUAUGUAACACAAAACAUAUUGAGCAAAAUACAAAGCUUUUUUUCAGUAUAAAUAUGAUUAACUUGUUGCAUCGCUCGCCAUACCAGAAAAUGCAUAAUAACAAAAAUCAACAUCCGCCGAUUAUAGGCCAAUGCCAAUAAUCUUUUUUUUUUUCUUUCGCUUAUUGAAGAAUGCUUCCAUUAAAAUUUUUCUUUUCUAGAAAAUAAUUGAUUUUUAAAAAUUCAUAAUUUGUUGUACAUUUUAUGUUAUUUUCAAUAGUUUACAUAGAGAUAAACAUCCAAUUCUGUUUUUGGAAGUUUACGUCUACUUCCAUCAUGCAAACGACUAAAUAUGGCGACUAAGUAAAAACUUAAGAUAAUAAGUAGAUUUUUGAAUUUGUAGCAUAAAAGUAGUUAUAAAUAAUUAAUAAUCCUUAAAAAACUACAGUUAAGACGAAAUAGUUUUUAGCACAUAAGGAUCUAAUUAGAAUUUUAAAAAAAUGUUCUAAAGAU